UGAUCAAAGAGAAGUUUUUGUUCCUCAAGUUUCCAGUUUUGAAAUGGCUACAGGAGGAGGAGGGGGGAGAUGCAAGAAAUGGCAAACCCUUGCAGGUGUCUUGCUUGUGUCUUUUUUAGCCAUUAGUGCUUUGUAUUUAAGCUUGCAUGGGCAUACUAAUGUAGCUCAGGGUGGUGAUUCUAAGGAGUCUUCAGCUGUGGAAGUGGGAAAAGGAAGUAUUUUCUUUGAUUGGAAGCCAUUAGAUAACCUUUGCAGUUCUCCCGGAGAAGCAGAUGAAAUGGUUAAAACUGUUGGGAUGGAUCAUGUGAUCAAGGAAGCAGAAUGGAGUCUUUUGAAUACUUCCCUCCAAUGUGGCCAUACGAAAAUGAAGUUAGAAGUUGAAGGGCCUGGUGCUGCUGACUUGGAGCUGUACUUUGGUGAUUCUUGCUCUUUAGCUCUGAGCCAAGUACCUCAGAUGUGUGGCUUUUUAACAAAAGGGAACGACACAAACCUUACUUUGAUUGUUGAUUAUGAAGGGUGCAAUGUCAAACAAGAGAAUGGGAGCUUUGUGUUGUUUUUAGGCUGGCGAAAGACUCCCAUAAAGCUCGUCUGUGGCGUGUUGCCAAGCCCUGGCGCUACAAUUCCAUCCACUUCUAGAGAGCCACUAAAGCAGUUCCUAGAACCCACUGUACCUCCCAAACUAUGGCCCCUCCGUCGGACGAAGCGCUUCUUCAAAGAUCCCUACAGGCAUAAUCAUUUGUAUCCAAGAUACCAUUAUCGGCCCUACAUUCCUUGUUUCUAUACGAGUCAAUUUCCAAUUGCAACUACCACAGCACCACCCAUAGCGACGACGAAAACUCCACUCUUAAAUCCCGACAUCUGGCGCAGGCUGCUCCAUCGUGUCACCGCUCAUGACCAGAACACCAGCCCCCAAAAUGCCAUAGAUCAUUAUGUCCAGCCCAGCCAAGACGACUGGCGUAAAUUAAGGAAGAUGGCACAGCAAGCAAUUCUUCAAAAUUACAUGCAUAAAGCACUAGGGUUUCAUCCGCAUGUGCAUCCUCUCAGUAAUGUCAUUUCCAAAAGUCCGCUGCUAAAUCCUAAACCUUGUCGUAGAAGGUGGUAUGAUGGGAGCUGUCUGGACGCCCCUAAGUUGGUUAGGAAAACCUUGAAUUUCCCUCUUCUUUCAAGCCUGUCUUUUAAAAAUAAAUACCGAAAUGACUGGCAACCUGUUUACAGUAUGAAUCACAAGUCUGAUGUGAUCUGGGAUCAGCUCCCUUGGUUUCAAAACUGACCCAACUAAAGGGAGACGCAUGUUCCUACAGACUGUUCUGUCAAUAAACUUGUUUAUCCUUGAA